AUGGCUGCUGAAGAAAGCAAGAUGGGUGAACUUUUGUCUCAUUGUCAUGAAUCUAUUGAGAAGAUAAAAUCGAUAGGAUCAUCUGAGGAAGGACCAUGGAAGGAUCUUCCAGAAGAACUUGUUCACAACAUAUUAACACAUCUCGUUGGUAGAGAUUUCAUUGCGCUUCAGAGUGUUUGCAAGUCAUGGAAAUCAUCAACAAUGUCUUGUGCAAUUCUUUCACCGUGUUUAUUAGUAAUGUCGAGCAAUCGCCUUCAUUAUCCCAUAUCUAAUUCUACUAUUGCCAAUAUGAACAUCUAUGACUGUGGUAAUACUCCAUCUAGUAUUAUUCGGUGUUCAAAUUACAAUUGGCUGUUGAUGAGGAUUGAUCCUAAGAACAGUUUAAUAUUCUUCAACCCGUUUACCAAUGUCAAAAUUGAGUUGCCAACUAUCCAUUUGAUAUCAUCGCUCAGUUGUUUCUCUUUUUCCGCACCUCCUACGUCUCCAGAUUGUACAGUUUUUUGCAUAUGCACAGACAUCUGUGACAAGAUAUACUUUUGCAUUCUAAGACGAUUCGAAAGUGAAUGGAACAUAUUAGAAUAUGAUAGGGAUGCUGAUUUCAUAGCAUCCAGUUCUACCUCCUUAUUCUACCAGGGGCGUUAUUACUAUAGUUUGAGCAAACAAGGAGAUCUGGUCAUUUACGACAUGGAUGAUGAAGACGAACAACCACAACCGCGUUGGAUCAAAUCAUCAACCAGUUUCCUCAGAAAUCGCCUCUCUACUAAGCGAUGCCAGAGUUUCAUGACGGAAAGUGAUGAAGGAGAAUUAUUAGCUGUGUUUAUGAGUUGUGACGGACAAUGGGUGCAAGUAUGUAAGCUUGAUGAAUCCAGAAUGAUUUGGGUCCCCGUGCAUGAUUUAGGAAGCAAUUCAAUAUUUAUUAGCAAUCCAGCUACAUUUGUUGAAACAACUAAGAUUAAAGGUACAGAGAACAAGAUUUACGUGCCUUGGUUUCGCGGAACGAACGUCAACAAUAAGAAGAACAAGGUGCCCCUGUUUUACUCUCUUGCUACCAGAAAAUACCACUCAUUUGGUGCUUCUGCUUCUUAUUCAUCUUUGUAUGAAUCAACAAGACCUGCUUCUAAUACUUGGAUUAAGCCUAUUUCUCAUUAUCAUCUCACAUGUACUACUAAUCUCAGCUAUAAAUUUACAUGGUGA